AAAUGCAAAGGAAUGACUAUACUUGUAAAGGGACAUACUCUCACGGGACCUCUGUUACAAUGUCACAUAAAAUAUAGGAUAUGAUGCUUUUUAUAUUGUACAUUGAUAGUGUUUAAUUAAUGUAGUUCGUCAAUAAGUUAUGCAACGAAUAAGAACAGAUGUUUUCCACGCACUGUUCCUUCAAAAUUAACUCUGUUAACACUUACAUAUUUGUCUUAUCAGAACGGCCAGUUUCUAUAUAAGUGCACAUAAACGCAUACUUGCACGUCCGCGCGCAUACAUACACACGCACACACACACUCAAUCACCAUGGAUGUGUGCACAUACUCAUACAUAUUCACGCACGCACACACGCAACGUUAUUGAUUUAAUUCAUCGCCGGCUGACGUUAUUAACUUUAGCUUGGCAGCUGAAAGACAAUCAGACGUAAACCCAACUACAUUUAAAUGAGGCUGGCGUUGUCUCCCAGGCAUGGUACCUUGCUAAACUGCGGCAGAGACACAGACGAAUGCUUAAAAUAUGUUGCACCAGUAGCGCUUCUUUCCUCCUUAGAUUCCCCCACCCUCUCUCGUUUUCUUUCCCUCCCUCCCUCUGUCAGUCUCUUAUCCUCUCUCAAUCUCUCUGAGUUCUUUCCUUCGCCACAAGGGGCUGGAGUGGCGGCGUUCGUCGCUCCGUGUUCUCGGCUCUCUGGAACGGGGUCUCUCCAAAACCAGCGUGGCUGCAGAGGUAAUAGGACCGUAUAUGCCGCUCAGACUGUCCGCAGCUGCAGCGCCAAGGAACCCUACAUUUUUGGAAAGCGCAGCUCAGUCAACGGCAACUGUAGUUUUACCGAUCUACACCUCGAAUCGACAAGGAGCGCGUCAUACACAGCCACAAAUUCUUUAAAAGGCAUCUGAAAAGGAAGAUCAGCAGCGACAGACAGAACAGGAACUGAAAAGCUGCAGGGUAUCGAAGGAAAGCUCAGUGCUGCCGGAUGCCAGAAGAGGUCAGGUGAACACUGAAUGGGGUUUGCGUCCUUUCUCUGUAAACACCACGGCCAGCGUCUGUUCGAGGCAUACACCAUUCUGACGGAGACCACUGCACAGUGAUGGAUCUGAACAGAUGGGCAUACCUCAAGGAUGUUAUCGCCAUUCUGUUCUGACUGGGAACUCUGGAGACAGAAGCAGGAACCAAUCCAAAUGAUUUAAUCUGGUCCUCGAGAAGCUUGCGCAACCAGCGCCAGAAGCUUCAGUUCCGUUAUACCCUUACUAAUAAAGAAGACGAGUGUCUGAAGACAGAGGCGGGAAAAAAAAACAUUCUUUCCUUACCUUGACAAUAAAUAAGGAUACAAGUUAAAUUGGAAGAAUCAUGAUGCAGAAGGAUCUGAUGGUUCACAUAGAGGGUACACUGGACACACGAUUUAAGGUUCUAAGUCCAAAUGUUCCAAGACUCAAUUGACUGUGGAUAUGGUUCACGCGCUCAUUUUUUUCUCUUCAUGGUUGAAUCUCAGAUGGCUCAGAUAAUCCAGUAGACCGCCACUUUCACCGCUGCUGUCGUUGGAGAGUGUGACCUAACAGUGGUCCUGUUCUGAGGAAUUCACGCUUGUGUUAUGCUCUUGAAAAAUGGGGAGGCUGCUGCAAUUAAAAACGAGAUCGCUCCGCGUUCGCCACGUCGCCGCAGAGUUCGGCCUUACUUCGAUGGCCCUGUCUGGGAGAAAGGCCGCAGGUCUCUGUUCUCUUUCGUGGCCCCCAAUUCCCAGUCACGCCCGCUGUCAUUCACCGUAGGUGAGCUGCAUUAUGCCAGUUUCCCCAUGUCCGGCUGAUUUUGAACUCCAAAGUGGAAGAAGGAUCCCUCUUCUUUUCAUUUGUUUUGCGAUUGUGGAUCCACUUGUGGAUUUUUCAAAGCUGUUUACUCCAGAUUAAAUAAUUAUAUAAAUUCUUUUGGCAAACAUGACAGUAUAAACAUUCAAAUAUACCUAUGUCAUUUCUGAGAAGUUCCAACCUGGAUUGAAAUGGAAAUAUAUCUGCAUUGAUUUGGAAACUAAUUUAUUGAUGAUCUAAAGUUAGUAUGAUGUUGGAAACCGCUUUUGGGAGAGAAUCAUAGGUUGGAAACCUCAGAAGGUCAUCGGUUCACCUCUGGCUUUGGGGUUGGAUGUGAGUUUGAGCUACCGGCUGAAGAGCCCGAGCCACCUUUCGCACCCCGAUUCGUUUUCUCCAGCCCAUGUUGGACAGCGAGGGAUCUCUGUAAUGGCUCCUUCGGGGACAGCGGGGACCUCGUUGCUGCUGCUAGCUUUGGGAAUCUUACGGUGCUGCCACUGCGAGGGGUCGGCGGCAGCGAGGACUAGCGAUGCGGGCAAAGGGAACGCCAAGGACGAGGGCUUCAUGUCCCACGAACGAGUCAAGAGGGGGUGGGUGUGGAACCAGUUUUUUGUGGUGGAAGAAUACACCGGCACCGAACCUCUUUACGUUGGAAAGAUCCACUCGGACUCGGACGAGGGAGACGGCUCCAUCAAGUACACCAUCUCCGGGGAGGGGGCGGGGACCAUCUUCAUCAUCGACGAGAUCACGGGGGACAUCCACGCCACCGAGCGGCUAGAUCGCGAGGAGAAGACCUACUACACGCUCCGCGCGCAGGCCAGGGACCGCCUGACCGACAGGCCCCUGGAGCCCGAGUCCGAGUUCGUCAUCAAGGUCCAGGACAUCAACGACAGCGAGCCCAAGUUCCUGGAGGGGCCGUACAUCGGGAGCGUGGCCGAACUGUCGCCUAUCGGCACGUCGGUCAUGAAAGUCACGGCCUCGGACGCAGAUGACCCCACGUACGGCAGCAGUGCCCGGGUGGUGUACAGCGUCCUGGAAGGGGAGAAGUUCUUCACUGUGGACAACCAGACUGGAGUGAUUCUGACAGCGGUGGCCGAUCUGGACCGGGAGACCCAGGAUCGCUACGAGCUUGUUGUCAAGGCGACGGACAUGGCAGGCCAAAUGGGCGGCCUCUCCGGCUCCACCACGGUGACCAUCGUGAUCACGGACGUCAACGACAGUCCGCCUCGGUUCCCACAGAAGAUGUACCAGUUCUCGGUUUCGGAGGGGGCUGCCGUGGGGACGCCGGUGGGGCGGGUGAUGGCCACGGACGCUGACAUGGGGGAGAACACGGACAUGAGCUACCUGAUUAAAGACGAGGAGGGCGGAGAGCUGUUCCGCGUGUCCACCGACGGGGACACCCAGGAGGCCAUCAUCACCAUCCGAAAGCCCUUAGACUACGAGAACAAGCGCACCCACAACGUGGUGGUGGAGGCCGUCAACAAGCACGUGGACCCCCGCUUCGUGGACCUGGGCUCCUUCCGCGACCAGACCAUCGUGCGGGUCACCGUGACGGACACGGACGAGCCGCCCGUGUUCCGCCCGCCGGAGGGGGCCAUAAUGGAGGUGCAGGAGGACGCCCGGCUGGGGGCGCUGGUGGGCAUCGUCACGGCGAUGGACCCCGACAUGGAGAACGCUCCCGUCAGGUACUCCAUCGACCGAGGCACCGACCAGGAGAAGAUCUUCAACAUCGACGCGGUGACGGGGGCCAUCACCCUGGGGAAGAUCCUGGACAGGGAGACGGCGGGAUGGCACAACAUCACGGUGACGGCGGUGGAAGCAGAUAACCCGUCCAUGGCCUCCCAGAACGCAGUCAGCAUCCGCAUCCUGGACGUGAACGACAACCCCCCUGAGCUUGCCACGCCCUACGAGGCUUCCAUCUGUGAGGACGCUAAGCCUGGUCAGCUCAUUCACACCAUCAGCGUGGUGGACAGGGACGAGCCUCAGUCCGGGCAUCGGUUCUAUUUCACCUUGGUACCCGAGGCCGCCAACAACCGUCACUUCACCCUGUGGGACGUGAAAGACAACACGGCGGGCAUUAGGACCCAGCGGGCGGGCUUCAACAGGCAGGAGAAGAACGUGUACCUGCUGCCCAUCCUGGUGGUGGACAGCGGGCCCCCGGCCCUCAGCAGCACGGGCACGCUGACCAUCCACGUGUGCGGCUGCGACACGGAGGGCGCCAUCCAGUCCUGCAACGCCACGGCCUACGCCAUCACCGCCACGCUCAGCCCCGGGGCGCUCAUCGCGCUGCUGGUCUGCGUGCUGAUCCUCAUCGUGCUGGUGCUGCUGAUCCUCACCCUGAAGCGGCACCGCAAGGGCCAGCGCAUGGCCGAGGACGAGGAGGACAUGCGCGACAACGUCAUCAAGUACAACGACGAGGGCGGCGGCGAGCAGGACACCCAGGCGUACGACAUGAGCGCCCUGCGGAGCCUCUACGACUUCCCCGAGGUCAAGGGCUCGGAGGCGGGGCCCGACCUGCGCUCGCUCCCCCAGUGGAUCCAGAGCCACGCGGCCGGGGACGCCGCCGCCGACGCCGGCGGGGCCGCCGACUUCUCCGUCUUCAAGGGCUACAUCCGCAAGAAGGUGGAGCAGGCGGACGCCGACUUGUCGGUGCCGCCCUACGACUCCUUCCAGACGUACGCCUUCGAGGGCUCGGCCUCGCCCGCCCUGUCGCUCAGCUCCAUCCACACGCUCUCCACCGCCUCCGAGCAGGACUUCUCCUACCUCAGCGACUGGGGGCCCCGCUUCCGGCAGCUGGCCGGCUUCUACUCGCUGGGGCCCCCGGAGGAGGAGGGCUCCUAGCGCCCCGAUCCUCGCGCGAGGGGUCCCCCCUCGGGUUCUGUCCGCCGACCCCCCCCCCCGACGCCCUCACUAACCGACGGUAAACGUCCUCGUCCGGGACCGUCCUCAAAACUGAACUUUCCCUGUUUUCGUAUCCCCUUCUUCUAUCCUCGGAAAUCUUCAGGAGGGGGGGUGAGGCGUUGACCUCUGACCCUUGAGACCCUUGACUAAUAAGGGGUGGAGGUGGCGAGGUCUCAGGCGCCCCUCUUCCAUGACGUAAUCAUUUGAAGACAUUUGAGGACACAGAUGACGGGACAGACACACGCCCUUGUGUCAUAUUUUUACCAGGAGCCACAUCUACAUGUCCUUGUUACUUUUCUGAGUUUUUUUUUUUUUUUGGUUGGAGAAAUGUUAAAUCUACUGUUUGUUUUUAGUUUUUUUUUUCUUUUACACAAAUCGUAUCUAAAGAAAUUUAUAACAAUUACCAAACUACACGAGGGAGUGAAAGGGAAUUUUCCUAGCCAAGGCAAAUGUGUAUUUAUUCGAGAUAUAAGAUAUUUAUUUAUAUUUAUUUGUAUUUAUUUAUUUAUUUGUCGUGUUCGAGGCGUUGGAUUCAGCUGUUGAAACCUCUCGUGAAAAAAAAAAGAUCCUGAGAACACGCGGAGCCGAUGAACUCUUCCUCGCGGUGGAGACCUCGUCUUCUGCGUUCGGCUAGGGAAGUGCCCUGUAGAAGGAAGCCUUCAGAGGGAACUGUGAAAGUAGUGCUGCUAUAGACCCACAGACGCUCCGCUCAAAUUUGUACAUUUAUUUUCUAAGAAAACUUUUGUAAUUUGGCGAAGAAAAAAAAAACUAAAGACGUUUAUGACAGGCGGGGGUGGGAGGAAUAUCGUUUUUAAUGAGCCAGCUAAUUACGAGCUUUCUGUUUCGUGACGGCGUGCACUUCCUCUGACACGACUCUUUUACGAGGGAUUACGAAAGUGGCACGCUGUGGACGCUGUGUUUUAUUUGGUUCACCCGUUCAGUCUCACCUUUGAAGAAGAAAUGUAUUUGUUAAAUGGCAGCAAUAAGACAAAAGUACACAAAAGAUUUAAGAUUCUGAUAUACAGAUGUUUGUUUCAUGGGGUCAGGUCCUUUUCAGCUGUUUCCCGAGUGAUUUUCGUUCAGUCACAGUUUGUAAAUGUGAGUGUGUCAAUGCGUUCUUCUGACUUCUUCUGAUUUUAUAAUUUUUUUUUUUAAUUGUAUUUUUUCAACCAUAAUUACUUGGUUGCUUCUGUUACAAUUAGUCUAUGGUUUUUUGG